GAGUCGGGUUCGCGCGGCCUUGCGUCAGUGUUGUGCCGACCGCCGUAUGUAGUACACGUGUCGUCGGUCGCAAUAUAUUUCCGAUCACGAACUCGUAGUCGAAACGAAUCAUGAGGACGAAUUAUAUAAUUUAUUUAAAUAACUAAGUAUAGUGUGCUAUAUAUAUAUAUUUUCGUUGUGUAGUGCUGUGACUCACGUGUUUUAUAAUUUUAAAAUGGCUUUAUUUUUGUGCGUUUUUCUAUGCGCUUGGGCGGGCGCCCUAGGGUUCAAUGUGGACAUCCCUUCUAGGGUAGUUUAUACAGGAAAUUAUCAAUCUAUGUUUGGAUUUACCGUCCAGUCACACGUCGACGGUGAUAGAAAAAUGAUUUUGGUGGGAGCACCAGAAGAUGAGCCGUACCAAGUAAGCGGCGUUCGUCGUCCGGGCGCGGUGUACCGCUGCCAACCUGGACAUCGCGGCUAUCCGCCGGAAGACGGCACUAAUCCGCUCCAGUUGUGUUCACUCAUGGAAUUUGACAAGAAUCGAAAUAACAACGUGGACAGCGCGCACAGACAGAUCGAUCAGAAAUCGAACCAGUGGUUCGGAGCCACGCUUACGAGCACCGGCAGGAACGGACCUAUUGUUGCCUGCGCCCCUCGCUAUGUCUCCUACGUGACAGCUAAGGUUAACCAACGCGACCCGGUAGGCUCCUGCUUCGUAGCCAAGUCCUCAGAUGCAGUGGACGUCAAUGAAUUUUCGCCCUGUCGAAACUGGUUCCGAUCGCAGGACGAAGCGAGCCACGGGCAGCGUAAGACGGGCGUGUGUCAAGCCGGUUUUUCCGCGGCAGUCUCAAAGGAUGGUCAGAGGCUGUUCAUGGGCGCUCCUGGCAGCUUUUAUUGGCAAGGGCGAACGUUAUCCAUAGACACUAGUGCGAGAUUCAACUACUAUAUGCCGAAGGAAGGUCAGCUGAAAGUGCAAACUUUAAACUCAAGACCAGUAUUGAUUUCGACACCAGAAGCAAUUCCUAAAUACGACGAUUCUUACAUGGGAUAUUCAGUGACGGUUGGAGACUUUGCUGGUCAGGGUAUUCAGGGAGUCGCUGUUGGGGUACCGAGAGGAUCAGAUCUGAGAGGAUUGGUUGUAUUGUACACUUGGGAGCUCCAAAAUAUAAAAAAUAUCAGCGGUUCACAAAUCGGCGCGUACUUUGGCUACAGUCUUGCAAGCGGUGACAUCGAUGGUGAUGGAGCUGAUGAUAUUAUAGUUGGUGCCCCGAUGUUCACUAAGCCUAAGAGCGACGGUUAUGAACAUGGAAGAAUAUAUGUCAUUUAUCAAGGCAAGAAUAGGGCGUUCUCUAAGAAUCAUGCGCGAACAGGUGAAGUGUCCAAAGGAAGAUUCGGUUUAGCUGUCACGUCACUUGGAGAUAUAAAUUAUGACGGAUUUGGAGACGUAGCAGUUGGUGCCCCAUACGGUGGAGAAAAUGGUAGAGGCGUGGUAUUCAUCUAUCACGGGAGUGAGUUGGGUAUUGGGGAGAAGUACUCUCAGGCAAUCACGGCUGAGGAGAUCAGCCCCUCGUUAACUACUUUUGGUUUCUCUCUGUCUGGAGGCGUGGACCUUGACAACAAUAACUACACCGAUUUAGCUGUGGGCGCUUAUAAAUCAGACAGCGUUGUAUUUUUAAAAUCUCGUCCUGUUGUUAAAGUAAUGGCGGAUGUCAAAUUCAUGGGUGAAAGCAAAUUAAUUUCCCUCGACGAUAAGAGGUGCCGCCUCUCGAACGGCACGCAGGUUGCUUGUGCGCAGCUUAUGUUCUGUCUCACAUACGAUGGCGUCAACGUUGAUCAACAAAUAAACUUCGAGGUGACCAUCGACCUGGACUCGAGGCAGAAGACGAGCAAGCGCCUGUUUCUGAUGGAGAGCAGACAGACGAUGUACACGACUCACAUGUUGCUGACACAGGGGCAGCAGGAGUGCAAGGAGAUUAUGGUGUACCUAGACGACGACAUCCGCGACAAGCUGACUCCGAUGGAGGUGAAGCUGACGUACGAGCUGUCGGGCGCGGGGGCCGCGGCGGGCGCGGGGGGCGCGGUGCCGCCCGUGCUCGACCGCACGCGCAGCAUCGAGCGCACCGACUCGCUCAACAUACAGAAGAACUGCGGGCCCGACAACGUCUGCGUGCCCGACCUCAAGAUGUUCGUCACCACGCCAACCGUAAAUUACGUUCUCGGAUCCGGUGAGAAUUUACACAUCGACGUAAAAGUGGAAAAUUCUGGUGAGGACGCUUUCGAAGCCGGCUACUAUCUUCAAAUCCCCGCCGGAGUCACGUACGCCAAGAUGGAGAGGUUGGACAAGGAGCGCGCCGAAUCAACGCCCAUCUACUGCUCGAUUAAGAACAAAGGCACAGAUGGGAACAGUACUUUGAAAUGUGAUUUGGGAAAUCCAAUGGCCAGCGGACAGAGUGUAAACUUCCGAGUGAUCGUGGAGGUGGACGCGCGUGUGACGAGCUUGGACUUCGACAUGGAGGUGAACUCCACCAACCCUGAGCAGGGCACGCAGUACGACAACACGAGACACCUCGGCAUCGGAGUCGUCGUCAAGGCGGUGCUGUCCGUCAUUGGAGCAUCAGACCCACCGGAACUGCACUACAACGCGUCAAAUUACGAAGCACAGAACCUGAAGGACGACACGAAGUUGGGUCCGCAAGUGAUCCACAAGUACAACAUCAAGAACGAGGGCCCCUUCACGGUGGACGAGGCGGAGAUUUACAUCAUGUGGCCCUAUCAGACCCUUACUGGCGACAACCUGAUGUACAUGUUGGUGCAGCCGCAGUGGCUCGGCGAGAUGGAGUGCGACGUGGCGCGGCAGGUCAACCCCGACAACCUCUUCGUGCAGAACCCGUACGCCUACCUGCUCACCAAGGAGAGGGAAGCAAUGAAGAGCAGCGAUCUCUACUCAGCAUCACAGAUCGGAGGUAGUGGAGGAUAUUAUGGACAACACUACUGGGAAGAAAAAUAUACAAGCAACGGUCAAGUAAACGCUAAUUCUGGUGGAAACAAGUUUAGCGGUGGCCAAUAUGGAGCUUCUAGUGGUGUCUAUGGUAGCGGUCAAGCUAGUGGUAGCCAAUUCACCACGAGCCAACAGAGCGGCGGCUCAGCUUCUAGUGGUCAGUUUGGUACAACUUAUGUAAAUGGCGGGCAAGUCUCCGGUGGACAGUACGGAGCAAGUCAGGCCAGCGGUUCUCAAGAAUCAGGAGGACAAUAUGGAACUCAUACUGGUAGCGGGCAUUACGGCGGUGGAAAAGUCUCCGGUGGUCAGUAUGGUAGUGGCCAAGCUAUUGGAGGAAGCCAAGGAUCCGGUGGCACGUAUUCUUAUAAUCGUACUUGGUCCAGCGGGACGUCUGGUGAGGGAUUAAGUGCUGAAGAACGGGAAACUAUUAGAAGAAAUCUUGCUACAAUGGCUAAGCCUACUUACCAAGAUUCUAGCCGGAGCUUUAGCCAAGGCCAAGGAAGCCAAGCUAGCUUUUCUCAAGGAGGACAAAGUGGUUAUGGACAAAGUGGUCAAGUUCAGGGUAGUUACGGACAAGGUCAAACUGCUCACGGACAAGCGCAAGCGGGUUAUGGACAAGGAAGUUACUAUCAGGGUCAAGGCCACGUGCAAGGAGGACAAGCUUAUGGAGGUUUAGAAGGUGCUGGUCAAGAUGGACGUAUAGUUCGUGUUAAAAAUAGGACAAUUCUUUAUGACUCGAACCAUAACAUUAUAUCCCAGAGUGAGACGAGCACAGAGUACGGAUCUCUUGGACACGAAGGCGAGGCUGGCAGUUCCUUUAAUGCCUAUCUCAACAACCAAGGUGGUGCUCAACAGGGCUACGGAUCGCAAGGCUUUGUUCAUGGUUCCUGGGGUACAACAGAAACCGUCAAUCCUGACAUAAUGAAAGCUGGUUCCAGUACUUUUAGAGCAGGCUCCGGCGUCACUGUCGUGGGCGAUGAAGAAGAAGACCAAUUAGAGGGCUUUGGAGUUUAUGCAGCUCAAAAUGCGAAUAAUGAAUUUAAAUAUGGAAUCGCUGAUAUCAGUGGAAGUCAUGGAUCCGGAUCUGCACAAAGUGCUGGAAGACAGAGUGGAUAUCAAGGAGGCAGCUAUCAAAGUGGGGGGUAUCAGAGUGGAGUACAGCAAGGAGGAAGUUAUCAUGCAGGCAUGACUGGAGCGGCGUAUGGUGGUGCUAGUGGAAGUUCCUACUCCUAUUCUUCAAGAUCAGGCGGACACAACUCCUACUCUUCCGGAGGUAGCUUCGGCUCAUCUUCAGAUCACAGACGGGAAAGCACUAGACGGCGGCGCCAAGAUGAUGUGGAUCCGCAGCUGAAGGAGAUGCUGGAGAAGUGCGAGGAGAAGUACAAGUGCUCGGUGGUGCGCUGCCGCACCGGCCGCCUGCUGCGCGGGCAGGAGGCCUGGGUCGCGCUGCGCGCCCGCGUCAACGCCUCCGUGCUCAACGAGAUGUCGGCGUCGCGGGCCGUGCGGCUGUCGUCGCUGGGCGCGGCGCGCGUGUCGCGGCUGCCGCUGGGCGGCGCGCGCGCCCAGGCGUGGGCGUGGGCCGAGGCGCACACGCUGGUCACGCCGCAGCUGGAGGCGCUGGACAGCGGCGCCAUCCCGCUGUGGGUCAUCAUCCUGGCGGCCGUGGCGGGCGCGCUGCUGCUGCUGCUGCUCGUCUUCGCGCUCUACAAGUGCGGAUUCUUCAAACGUAACCGGCCCUCGGACCACACCGAGCGACAACCUCUGAACGGUCGCGACGAGCAUCUUUGAUAUCCAACCACUGACCUCGGCCUCGCCAGCGACACGGGCGCCACCUCCGAAGGUGACUCGACCUCCAACGUCGACGCCACCUCCGACGUCAAUGCCACCUCUGACGUCAAUGCCACCUCUGACGUCGACCCCACCUCUGACGCGGACGCAACAGAUUCUAGCUCGACCGAUGCCGCGAGUGACAUCACCAGUCAGGACUCUACUAGCAUGAACAGAUAUUGACGCCACGAAACAUUUUAAACAAUAGAAUCUUUGCGAGAUUAUCGUAACGUUAAUGAAUUAAUAAUGAAUCUUACGUUUAUAAUUUGUUGGCGAUCAAUAGUUGUUAUAAAUAAUAUGUUUUUUAAUCUGUGGUGACAAUUGACAGUUAGGACGGCGGCCAUGUAUAAAAUUACCUAUCAUACAUUUCAUCACUUCUUCGAAGAAAUCCAUACAUUUCAUCACUUCUUCGAAGAAAUCUUAUAAGAAUUUUAAAAAAAAUAUAUAAUUAAUAGAUAUAUAUAUAUAAUGCAUCUCAAAGUUGCAAUAUUACGAAUUGAUCCUUUUUUUAUAAAAAGUUAAUUUCAUUAUAAAAUGUAUAUAACAGACAAAGGACAAAAUAAUAAUGCCUCAUGAGAUUUAUAUUCGAUUUUAUUUUUGUAAAAAAUACCUUAAAUAUUUUUGCCCAAAAAUGUUUUAAGGUGAAAUAUUACAAUAUAUAAUAUAACAUAACGUAUUACUAGUCACGAUAAUGAAACAUGAAUCACGUCGGUAUUUACGCCAUAUUAGAUAUAGAAUAUAAAAUAAAAAGUAUAAAAAAUUAUACACGAGUGUGAUACACGUGACAAAAAUGUAUGAGUGUUUUUGUAAAAUGUGAUCUAUAAUAUUAUAAAUUAGGUUUACUUUCAAAUGAGACGAUGUGGUUGUAGCUGAACAAAAAUAUUAAUAUUUUCGUACUAACGAAUCUUCAUUCUCAUUAAAAAAUAAUAUUUUAGAAGGCAUUGAAUCGUACGCUUUGAUUAGCAAUAAUUAUAUUAAAAAUAAUGUAAAUAUUCGUAUGUAAUAAAUAAAUAUUUAAAUUUCAGUAUAAUGUUAGAUAUAAAGUGCCUUAUUUAAAAAUCAUAUCGCGAUAACAUAUCUAUUAUUAAUAUAUAAAAAACAUCACACUUAGACACAAUAAGUAGGCUUUUGUAGCUGUUAAGCUAAGCGCACAUUAUUGGUAGUACAAUUAUCGCGAACAUUUUAUAGCUGUUUUUACAAUUAAAAAAUAAAUCAUAGGCUAUUUAUACAACUCUGUACACCAGAUGGACAAGUACUUUGUGUCAAAAUUGUUUUAUUUUGACACGGUACACGUGUACAUUGCACUCAAAUCCGACCGUAUAAUUAUUCUCAUUGUGCGCAAGUUUCUCAAUUUUUAAAGGCAGUCAUGCCAAGUUUUUAUUUUCUUAGCAAGGUUAAACUUAGUAUUUUAAUAGUUGUGCCUUUAAAGUAAUUAACACUUGUGCUUUACGAAUGCGUGCCUUCUGAAAACUGCCAGUUUCUAAUUAACUAUAUUAAUGUAAAUAUAUUAGAAUAAUAUUUCGAAUUUUUAGCAUUUUUUCACAGAACAUAGAACAAUAUGUCUUUAAAGGAGAACGUUGAUUAGUUUUGUAUUAAAGCGCGUACUUAAUAAUGUUAAGAAAGGAAAAUUAAAACCUACUCUGGGCACUUUAUUUUGAAUAACUCAGACUAUAUGACAACAUUUUAUAAUCAGAAGUGUGUGAAUUAAUAAAAAUGUUACCCGUGUAAAAAAAUCUGUGAGAAAAUGUUAGUAAAAAUAUAAUUAACUAGCGCU